UCGCACCGGCGGGCGGUAGAGCGGUCACGAUGCUGCCGCCCGCGCCCUCCCGCCUCGGGCUGCUGCUGCUGCUGCUCCUGUGUCCCGCGCACGUCGGCGGACUGUGGUGGGCAGUGGGCAGCCCCUUGGUCAUGGACCCUACGAGCAUCUGCAGGAAGGCCCGGAGGCUGGCAGGGCGGCAGGCUGAGCUGUGCCAGGAGGAGCCGGAAGUGGUGGCUGAGUUAGCACGGGGUGCCCGGCUUGGGGUCCGAGAGUGCCAGUUCCAGUUCCGCUUCCGCCGCUGGAACUGCUCCAGCCACAGCAAGGCCUUUGGGCGCAUCCUGCAGCAGGACAUCCGGGAGACGGCCUUCGUCUUUGCCAUCACGGCUGCGGGCGCCAGCCACGCAGUCACGCAGGCCUGCUCCAUGGGCGAGCUGCUGCAGUGUGGCUGCCAGGCGCCCCGCAGGCGGGCCCCCCCGCGACCCCCCGCCCUGCCAGGCACCCUGGGGCCCCCUGGCUUUGUGGGCUCCCCGGAGGGCAGCGCAGUCUGGGAGUGGGGGGGCUGCGGGGACGAUGUGGACUUCGGGGAUGAGAAGUCCCGGCUGUUCAUGGACGCGCGGCACAAGCGGGGGAGCGGAGACAUCCGAGCGCUGGUGCAACUUCACAACAACGAGGCCGGCCGGCUGGCCGUGCGGAGCCACACGCGCACGGAGUGCAAGUGCCACGGACUGUCGGGCUCCUGCGCUCUGCGCACCUGCUGGCAGAAGCUGCCCCCGUUCCGCGAGGUGGGCGCGGAGCUGCUCGAGCGCUUCCACGGCGCCUCGCGUGUCAUGGGCACCAACGAUGGCAAGGCUCUGCUGCCCGCCGUCCGCAGUCUCAAGCCGCCCAGCCGCGCUGACCUACUCUACGUCGCCGACUCGCCCGACUUCUGCGCCCCCAACCGGCGCACAGGCUCUCCCGGGACGCGCGGCCGCGCCUGCAACAGCAGUGCCCUGGACCUCAGCGGCUGCGACCUGCUGUGCUGUGGCCGCGGGCACCGCCAGGAGAGCGUGCAGCUCGAAGAGAACUGCCUGUGCCGUUUCCACUGGUGCUGCGUAGUGCAGUGCCACCAGUGCCUCGUGCGCAAGGAGCUCAGCCUCUGCCUCUGACCCGCCGCGCGGCUCUCCGAACUGCGCGCAGAACCACCUCUCUGUACCUGCGACCUCUGGGCUCCAGCAGGGGGCGCUGCCCUGGCCCAGCUUACCCUUGCAAAAGUCCAUCUCCCAGGCCUCUGGAAACAGGCAGUGAGGCUGGAGAUAGACGCACGCCCAGGAAGGCGCAGGGCAUCGGAGUGGCCCCCCCCCCGAGGUGCUUUAGGGGGUUCUGGGGGAGACUAGACACUCCAGGGAGUCCUCUAGUUCUCUCUCCUUGGCCCCUAGAUGGAAAACAAAGAGCCCUUCUCUAGAUCUCUGGAUGCGGGGCUCCUCAGAACUGCUGGCCGUGUGUUGGGUGGGUACGUUUAGUAUCAAUAAAGGUAUUUAAACCAAUAGGACUGGGCCCACAGUUUGGGAGGGGGGCUGGUCUCCUGCGAGUUGUCAUGGGGCCAGACUCUGGAAGGAAUGUCUAAAGGGAGAUGGUUUUGAUAGAACUAGCAAUUCAGAGCUCCUCAGUCUGGGUCCCUAUCUUCCCUCCUAUGGGGCUGAGCUCUCGCAACCAUGGUGAAGAGUGCCAAGUCUCCUUGGCAUUCUUCUUGCUCACUCUUGUCACACACCUAGGGCCUGGAUCUCCAAGCUGGGAAGAGUAGCAAUCCCUCUUUAAAGAAGCAGGCUCCUGAGAGGGUCUGGGGGAAGCGGACCGGAAGCCUCUGUUGGUGUACUCAGCUCAUUCAGCUCUCAUCAAAAUUCUAGGGCUGUGGGACACCUUCAUCUGCCCUUCUGUUUCUGUGAUCCCUGGGGGAUUUGUGGGUAGACUUAUAGGGCCACCCAAGCCCAUAGGAUUAAAGCACUUUAUGAACUGUA